GAUAAUGAUUUCUUGGUGUUGUUCUGGUUCUAUCAGGUACAUAUGUGCUUGCUGUGAACAAUGUAUCACAGACUGUGAUGCAGCCAGAUGAUACAGUGAGGGUGGAUCCUCUAAAGGAUCUCAAGAAAUAUAGAGGAGGAUAUGAUAUCAAAAACAAACAUUAUUGGAGUUCAACCAUGUUCACAGGAGUUCAUGGGCAUGUCAUUGGGGUAAUCUGGCUUCUUGGUGGCAUAGCAUAUGGAGGCUUUCUGCUAGCAACUGUCUUUUGCUGUAAAAAUAGAAGGAAUGAAAAGCUGAAGAAAAGAUUACCUUGCCAUAAGCAAUGCUACCUCUGGCCUAUUCUCCUGGCUAUAUUUUUCACCAUCUUAGCAAUAACUGCAUCUGGGCUAGUUCUUGGAGGGAAUGCGAAGUUCCAUUCGCGAGCAAAAACUGUUGUAGACAUCAUCAUCGACACGGCAAACAAUGCAACAAAAACCAUGUACAACACAACAGGAGCAAUGAAGGACAUGAAAGAGAGUCUAGGAGCAUCUAAUCAAAGUGCUGCGGUUCAGGCAUCUAGCUUCCUUACCUCCACAUCAGAGAAACUUAAUGUUGAGGCUGCUGAUAUACAAAGACAGGCCAGGAAGAAUAGGCGGUUGAUCGAUAAGGGUCUCAAGAUUGUGUAUAUAGUAACCACAGUGACAAUUUCCUUGAACCUAGCUGCGCUAAUUGCUCUUUCAGUCUGUGGAACUCUGAGGUUACGGCGACCACUUAACAUACUAAUAGCAGUGUGUUGGAUCCUGACUGUUCUAUGCUGGAUAUUUUUUGGGCUGUAUUUCUUCUUACAAAACUUUUCAAGAGAUUCAUGCACAGCUCUCGAAAGCUUUCAACAGAACCCUUACAAUAACAGCUUGAGUUCAAUCCUUCCCUGCGAUCAAUUGCUCUCUGCAAAACCAGUCUUAUUUGAUGUCAGUCAAGGGAUCUACAGCCUUGUCAAUCAGGUGAAUGCAAACUUAUCGACCAUACAAGGAUUGCCUUAUACAGUGUGCAACCCCUUCUCAGCACCACCUGAAUACCAAUUCCAGCCUGAUAAGUGCGCUUCUAAUGCAAUCCGAAUCGGCGAUAUCCCACAGGUGUUGAAGGUAUUUACUUGUUCCAGUUUCGACAACGGAACAUGUGCCAGCGGACAAUUCAUAUCACGUAAUGAUUAUACAACAGUUGAGGCAUACACAACAUCCAUUCAGAGCCUGCUAAAUGUGUAUCCUGAGAUGGAAAAUCUUGUAGAAUGUCAAACAGUGAAGGACGCAUUUUCUGAAAUCCUUUUGUACCAUUGCAAACCAUUGAAGAGAUACAUUCGAAUGGUGUGGACGUCGCUGGUGUUUCUCUCUUUAGUCAUGGUGUUUUUGGUUCUGAUAUGGGCAAAGCUGGCUCAGCACGAGCAAGAACACCAUUCUUUAGAUGGUUUUGUUAAGCCACAUCCGUCUGUCGCAAAGGAACCGGAAACUGGAAGCACAGAUAGCUCAAACCAUACUAGUCCAGUCUAGGAUGUAGUAACAUUAUACCUAGGAUACUAAAUUAAAUUCUGGAAGAUGAAUGGUGCAAGCCAGCUUCCAUGAACACAGGAUCAAAAAUCAUGAUAUACGAUACUGUACAGGUAGAUUAGACACAUACCAUAAAGAAGUGGAGGUCAGAAAUCAAGAGCGCUGCAGAGAUGGAUUUUGUCCCGGUAGGGAGAUGGUCACAAAAUUUUCAGGAGGAAAGUCAAUACAGAUUUUUUCAUUCAUUUGAUUGAAUAUCGGACCAAACCUAGGGGACCAACCCCACUAUAGAAUGUAACAAAAUUUCUCAAGGUAAUAAUGUUAAAUUCCAAUUUAAUUCA